ACCCAUCGAUCGUGAUGUAAGAAUACGGCAUAAAGUAUAAUCGGAAACUAUAAACGUGUGGAAAAUCUUUUCCAUUAAUUUCGAUCCAAUUUAUUCCCAUAUUUAGAGAUCCGAUCGAGAUGUAUCCAACUGUUUCAACAACUGGACCGCAAGAUCAAAAUGGAGGAACUGACGGAUAGAUCGAUAAUCCUCAGUAAUUUUAGUGAAUAUCAUUGAUCACUUUGCUUGUCAACGUGAUUAGCAUGGAAUGGAUGGAUCCUGUCCACUCCUCUUUCCAUCUUUUGGGGAGAAGAAUAGUUCUGAACGAGGAAUCGGAUAUACAGCACAGAAAGCGUCUCUAUACAGGCCACCCUCGGAUGCGAUUGAUCUUGGAUACCAUACCCUUGACAACAGUGGUUGCCGUGUACCUUCUUCAUCUGCUAUUACAUCCGUACCUACUAGACAACAACCACUAUCGCAAACGAAAAGAGCAUAUGUUACAGGUCUUUAUCAACUUGAUGAUGAGUUGUUAUUAAAAAUAUUUUCCUGGCUAAGUACUAGAGAUCGUUGCGCUUUGGCGCAAACUUGUAGACGUCUUUGGGAAAUAGCGUGGCAUCCGUCAUUAUGGAAGGAAGUUGAAAUACAAUAUCCUCAAAAUGCGACUAUAGCGUUAAAUGCUUUAGCGCAACGAGGAUGUCACUCUUGUAUUCGCCGGUUGAUAUUAGAAGGUGCCACAGGUCUUCCUGGAGUCUUUCGACAACUGCCAUUUUUAAGUUUAACUUCUCUAAUUUUACGUCAUUCGCGACGCGUCACGGAUGCUAACGUGACUGCCAUUUUAGAUAAUUGCGUGCAUUUAAAAGAAUUAGAUUUAACUGGAUGCGUGAGUGUAACUAAAGCAUGUAGCCGGAUAACAUCGUUGCAAUUACAGUCGCUUGAUUUAAGCGAUUGCCACAAUAUUGAAGAUUCUGGAUUGGUAUUAACGCUCUCUCGUAUGCCACAACUGGCGUGUCUUUAUCUCCGACGGUGUGUACGUAUUACCGAUGCUAGUUUUGUCGCUAUUGCAUCUUAUUGUGGAAAUUUACGACAAUUAUCUGUAUCCGAUUGCGCUAAAAUAACAGAUUUCGGUGUACGUGAGGUGGCUGCACGUCUUGGUCCAUCAUUGAGAUAUUUUUCUGUUGGAAAAUGUGACCGUGUAUCCGAUGCCGGUCUACUUGUAGUAGCCAGACAUUGUUAUAAAUUACGUUAUUUGAAUGCACGUGGUUGCGAAGCAUUGAGCGAUAGCGCCACUUCUGCUUUAGCACGUGGAUGUCCACGACUUAGAGCUCUCGACAUUGGAAAAUGCGAUAUUGGUGAUGCAACGCUCGAAGCUCUUUCCACCGGCUGUCCUAAUUUGAAAAAGCUCUCUCUUUGUGGUUGCGAACGUAUCACUGAUGCUGGACUGGAAGCAUUAGCUUAUUACGUGCGUGGUUUAAGACAGUUAAAUAUCGGAGAAUGUCCUAGAGUAACUUGGGUUGGAUACCGUGCAGUUAAACGUUAUUGUCGCCGAUGCGUUAUAGAACAUACUAAUCCUGGUUUCUCCAGUUGAUCUAUAUUUACUUUAAUCUCUUGCUUCUACUAUCUGCGAUAUAUUUAUUAACAAAUAUCAAUUUCACUGCUUAAUUAAAUAUUAAUUUAUAUAUAUACUAAAAUAGAUUUGUAAAAAUAUAUUUUGCGUAUUGCUUAAAAAACGCAUUCGCUAUUUAUUGUUUUUUUUAUAUUUUAAUACAUUAUA